UCAACUUCCCCAUGACAACCCAAAAGACAAAUCUUUAUCCUAGAAAAUUAACACUACAUUAAGAUCGUUUGAAACCCAGAAGUGAGGAGAGCGAAAGUAAGAGAAGUUUUAAGAGAACUUCUCCAAAAUAAAGUUACUGUGAUUUUUAACAAAGAAAACAAAUCAACAAAAAUGAAACAAAUACAUCCAUUAUUAGUCAUAUUCCUAUUUAUGGCCACAAAAUGUCCAAAUUCUUCAUCACAAAAUUUAAAUGAGCCAAAUAUGCAAUUAGAUCCCGAUCCAGAAUUUAUUGGUACUAUAAAUAAUGUAACAUUUCCAGCGGGUAGAGAGGCAAUCUUAGCCUGUUCUGUAAGAAAUUUGGGGAAAAAUAAGGUGGGUUGGCUAAGAGCUUCCGAUCAAACAGUUUUAGCUUUACAGGGUCGUGUAGUAACCCAUAAUGCACGCAUAAGUGUCAUGCAUGAAGAUAUGCAUACUUGGAAGUUGAAAAUCAGUAAAUUAAGAGAAAGUGAUCGUGGCUGUUAUAUGUGCCAAAUAAAUACCAGUCCCAUGAAGAAACAAGUGGGAUGUAUUGAUGUGCAAGUUCCUCCCGAUAUUAUUAACGAAGAAUCUUCCUCCGACUUGGCCGUUCAGGAAGGCGAAGAUGCUACUCUCAUCUGUAAAGCUACUGGUAAUCCUCAGCCUCGUGUUACUUGGCGUCGUGAGGAUGGUGAAAUGAUUUUAUUGCGUAAACCCGGCAGCCGAGAGUUGAUGAGAGGUGUGUAUGUGGAGUCUUAUCAGGGUGCUGCCUUAAAACUGGUGCGUUUGGAGAGAAGACAAAUGGGUGCCUAUUUGUGUAUAGCUUCGAAUGAUGUACCGCCUGCGGUCAGUAAAAGGGUGUCGUUAAGUGUGCAGUUUGCCCCCAUGGUUCGUGCACCCAGUCAAUUGCUUGGCACUCCUCUCGGUUCGGAUGUUCAGCUGGAAUGUCAUGUUGAAGCUUCUCCCUCACCGGUUUCAUAUUGGCUUAAGGGUGCUCGUACACCCAGUGGUUUUGCUAGUGUUUCUAGCAAUAGUUUGGAAACGGGACAGCCAGGACCCGAAAUGUUAUUAGAUGGACCCAAAUAUGCCAUAACAGAAAAACGUGACGGCUAUAGAGGUGUAAUGCUUUUGACCGUACGUUCAUUUUCACCCUCCGAUGUUGGGACAUAUCAUUGUGUAAGCACAAAUUCAUUGGGAAGAGCCGAGGGUACGCUGAGAUUGUAUGAAAUCAAAUUACAUCCCGGUAUCGCAACCAUAAAUGAUGAUCAAUUAAAUUUUAUAGGAGGAUUAGAAGAAUCACGUAAUGCAGCCUCCACCAACCUAGUGAAACAACGAAUAUCCUGGCUACAAUUAACACUAACAUUUUUAUUAUUUUCCCGUAAUUUAAAAAUACAACUGUCAUCAUUAUUAUCAACAACCACAGCAACAACAAUAACAACUUUAAGCUGUUUGACAUUAUCUUUUGCAACAAGAUGAUGCAAUAAUUUCUGUGGCCGGAAGUAAAACCAACAAACAAACAUAUAAAAAAUAUUGAAAAAAAAAAAAACAAAAAAACAAAAAUGUAUAAUUUGUAUACAUACAAAACCAAAACAACACACACACUUAUACAA